AUGGUGGAGGACUACAAUCCGCUCCAGAGCGGAAGGUUGCCGCCCAACUUUGUGCCGGUUGAGGCUGUGACCGAUUGCCGGUCGCUGUACGACAUCCUCAUCAAGGAUGGUCCUUUGGCAUCCACCCAAGAGAAGAGGCUGGCCAUCGACAUCGGCGGCUUGAAGGAGACCGCGAACGAGUUCGAUCCUGAGGGUGAGAAGCUGAGCUCGGUGUUUAGGCGGUCCACCCAGGCCUUGGAGUUCCUGCCGGUUCAGGCGACUCUGAGGUGUGAAGCUGACGCUGAAGCGAAGUAUGACUGGUGGAGUCGAGUUGUGCCAGAAGUCGGGCUAGAGACAGGGACGGACUAUGUGGCAAUCUGGCUUGGCAUUGGCCCACGCUGGUUGGUGUUUCUUUGCGAGGCCACGGAUGAUGCGAUGCAGCACUCCUUGCUGUCAGGCGAUGCCUUGCAAAAGCGGAUCAAGUUGAUCAUGAGCCUUGGAGGAGGCUUCCUUUGCAACUCCUCCGGUGUAGCCGAGGACGAGGCCACGGAACGUUUCCGUGAUCGACGGCCGACGAAGAGCGUGCCCGGCUCAGGUGUUGACCUCUACAGCUUAACUUUUGACACGGGAUGGAGACUGAUGGAAUUCGCAGCGCUCCUCAAGCUGGCCAGGGUACAGCCCCUGCCGAUCCGGCCCGGCAAAGAUGCCACGCAGACCGUGGACGUGGACGAAGAAGAGAGAAGCAGAAGCAGAAGUCCAACCACGAUUGGCCAGACACCCGGUCAGGUGAAACUCUUGCAGAGAGUAGGCGGCCAAUGUGGCGACAUUUGUUGUGCCUUGAAGUUGAGCAGCCGAAAGGCCCAAGGGCAACAAGCUUUGCUUCAGCUUCCAGGAUGGAAUCUGGGAAACCUGGAGCAGACGCAGGUCUUAGACGAUCCAGCCGAUGAGGCCUCCGGCCGAAGUUCUAAGGGGCUCCAACACUUGGAUCGAAGACAAGUUCGAUUGGUCAUGCUCUUGAUCUUUGCGGGUUUAGUGGCAGCCUGCGGAGGCUUCGUCUACCUGAGCAUCAGAGGUAGCGAGUGCUUCGCUGACAUUGACCUGAGCAACCAGAUGAGUUAUCGUACUCAGGGCUUAGUGUCGUGGAUGACCUUGCUCUGCUUCGAGAAAACGGUCUGGAGAAGCAAGGCGCUUCACACCAUGAUACUGAGAUUUAUGGCUUGGACGCUCUUCGUGACCUUGCUGGAGUUCCUGCUGGUGGCCGAUCCCAGCUCGGUCGAUCCACUGAAGUUCUCGGAGAUCACCACGGUCAUGACGGUCUUUGUCUCGUUGCUCUUGGGCUUUUUCAUCACCAACUCGGUGGCACGAUGGACUUCCUGUGUGGAGUCCUUCUUGGGCCUGUUUGAGGCGAUCAGGGCCUUGCAGAUGCAGCUGCAUGCCUUGGGGGUGAGCAUCGUGAAGAUCGACCGGCCGGUGCGGUAUGGCUUGGUCUCAGCAUGGUUGUUGGAUCGAACACUACGUGAGGAUCGACGAGAGGGCUUGCCUGAUAGAAUAUGGGACCAGCUUAUAGAGCUGAAGGAUCCCCUGCUGCAUGUGACAGACAAGGAGCUUGAGGAUCUGAAAAAAAUGGCAGAUCCGGCCAUUCAGAUCUGGGUUUGGGUGGCUUCCUUCUUGGGAUCCCUGGCACAGGAGGGUGAGAUUCCUCCCAUGGCAAGCCCGAUCUACGGAAGGCUGUUGCAAAUCGUGAAGUCAGCGCAAGAUUCCAUGAAGCAGAUCCGGGCCGUACGAGAGGUGCAGGUGCCGUAUGUUUACACCCAUACCCUCGCAGCAGUCGUUCACGUGAGCAAUAUGCUAUGUGCGACAAGCAUGGGCCUUACUUUAGGAAGCUGCCUGGGGUCCAUUUUGGCACAUAUCGAUUCGCGUCUCACUCUCUAUGGCGUGCAGCCUCAACCCAACCACUCGGCAGACACAGACUUUCAGGUGCUUAUCAUCCAAUUCUUGAAGUGCUUUUUUGCACCUGUCCUCUACCAAGCUUUCCUGGAGAUAGGCUUUUGCGUCUCCACCCCCUUCGGGGCUGGCGCGGAAUCCGCACGGUUGCCCAUCGACGAUCUCCUUGAAGGAUGGCUGGAGGACCUCAAGCAUGCCAACAGAAUGGCCGUCGCCCCUCCUGGAUGGGAGGCGCCCUGCUUUAAGGGCCGAGCAGCUGCGACGACCGGGCCGGGGAGUCCAGCAGUGCCUUCCUUGAAACGAGUGGAGGAGGCGAGAGGCGAGGCGAAGUCCCAAGUGGUGGAUGCCCUGGAUGUGGCUUCCUUGACGCCACAAGCCUCACCACGGACAGGCAAGAAAAGCCCCAGGUCUGCUUUGCGACGAGCUGCCACGUCUGGAGGUGUGAUGAUGCCAGAAGCGGAAGCGGAAUCAGAGCCUGAGUUACGGCGUGCCGCCGCGUCAGGGACCUUCUAA